GAUUCUGAUGAUGCAUGUAAUUUUUUUUCUCAGUUCUAUUGGGGAUUAUUCAUUUAUGUUUUCAGUGUUCGCCAGAAUUCCUGAAUUUUCCGUUUCAAGAUUUCUUGAUCUAUGUUCUGAUUUAAGGUUCCGGAAUUGUGUUGUCUCAUCGCUACUGUAGAAAAAUCGCGUUAUGGCGACCUGGAUAUGUUGUUAACGCAUUGAUUCUUGAAUUUCGGUAUCUGGCUCAAAAUGGCGUCGAUGGUUGCCCAGGGCAGUGCUAGUGGCAGCAGUCAAGUGUCUCCCUUGUUGUCAGUUCAGGAAAAAGGAAGUAGGAACAAGAGAAAGUUUCGGGCUGAUCAGUUGUUAGGCGAACCUAAUAAGCUUAUACCUUCAAUGCAAAAUGAGUGCCUCACUUAUGAGUUUUCUGCUGAGAAAUUUGAAGGCACAGCAGGUCAUGGGCAAUCUGGUGUGUGUGACCUGUGUGGUAUUGGCCAAGACCAUUCAGAUGGGUUAAAACUUGAUCUUGGAUUGGCUAGCGCUGUAAUUUCAUCCGAGGUUGGGCCAAGUAGGCCUAGAGAGGAGUUAGAGAUGGAGGGAUUUCAUGAUGCUGAUUGGAGUGAUCAUGUAGAGAGUCAACUGGAAGAGCUUGUUUUAAGCAAUUUGGACACAAUUUUCAAGAGCGCAAUAAAAAAGAUUGUUGCUUGUGGCUACACUGAAGAGGUUGCAACUAAGGCUAUUUUGAGGUCUGGUCUUUGUUAUGGGUGUAAAGACAUUGUGUCAAAUAUAGUGGACAAUACUUUAGCAUUUCUUAGAAGUGGUCAAGAGAUUGAUCCUUCAAGGCAGCACUGUUUUGAGGAUUUGCAGCAGCUGGAGAAGUACAUUUUGGCAGAAUUAGUAUGUGUUCUUCGGGAAGUUAGGCCUUUUUUCAGCACUGGGGAUGCAAUGUGGUGUUUAUUGAUAUGCGAUAUGAACGUAUCGCAUGCUUGUGCAAUGGAUGGAGAUUCACUGAGUAAUUUUAUUGGCGAUGGGGCUUCAGAUGGUACUUCGUCGAUACCAUCCCAAACUCAGUCGAAGACAGACGCUGUUAAUUCUGAAGUUAGUCUUCCAAAUCCCUGUAGUCCAACACCUUCAACUCCUUGUUCUCAAUCGGAAGAACCAACCGUAGCUGUAGUUCCCAAUACAACAAAGCUGAAGAACUCUGCUGUCCUCAGUGAACUAGCAUCAGAUAAAGAGGGCCCAAAUUCUACAUCUGAUACAGUUAGCAAAUCCUUUGGUGUUACGGUAACAUCAAAAUCUGCUGUGCUGGAAGAAAAGUUUGGGAGCGGUAAAAAGGUCCAUUCUGUUAGUAGCAAGAGAGAAUACAUACUUAGACAGAAGUCACUUCAUCUGGAGAAGAGUUACCGGACAUAUGGAUCUAAAGGAUCUUCGAGAGCAGGGAAACUGAGUGGUUUGGGUGGUUUAAUUUUGGAUAAGAAACUUAAAUCUGUGUCGGAGUCAACAGCUGUUCAUAUAAAGAAUGCUUCAUUGAAGAUAAGUAAGGCAAUGGGAGUUGAUGUACCUCAAGAUAGUCAGAAGUCUCAGGGCCUUCCAAAUAAUCCUGGCUCCUCUUCCCCCAGAUCAUUUAACUCAGAAACUGGUGAUGCCAUUUCCGCUUUGCCUAAGACAAUCGUACCAGCCACAUUACCUCCUGUCAAUGCUGCCGCAUUACCUGCAUUGAGUAGCCCACCUGCAUUAUCAACUGCAGAUACCGAGCUUUCCCUUUCUUUGCCUGCCAAAAGCAACUCUGCUCCAAUUCCUGUCAACUGUAAUCCUGGGAUACCUAAUUCUUUUUAUGCUGGAAUGCCAUAUGACAAAUCUGUUGGGCAGUGGGUUCCCCGGGAUAAGAAGGAUGAGAUGAUUCUUAAGCUGGCUCUGAGGGUGCGAGAACUGCAAAAUCAGCUCCAAGAGUGGACAGAGUGGGCUAAUGAGAAGGUUAUGCAAGCUGCUCGCAGGCUUAGCAAAGACAAGGCUGAACUGAAGACACUGAGGCAAGAGAAAGAAGAAGUUGAGCGAUUAAAGAAAGAGAAGCAAAGUCUCGAGGAAAAUACCAUGAAGAAGCUUGCUGAGAUGGAGAAUGCUUUGUUUAAGGCUAGUGGACAAGUGGAGAAAGCUAAUACUGCUGUCCGGAGGCUUGAGGUGGAGAAUGCUGGACUAAGGCAAGAGAUGGAGGCUGCUAAAUUGAGUGCGGCGAAGUCAGCUGCAAGCUGUCAGGAAGUAUCGAAGAGGGAGAAGAAGACACUAAUGAAUUGUCAAUCAUGGGAGAAACAAAAAACCUUGUUCCAGGAAGAGCUUGUGACUGAAAAGCGUAAGGUUGCACAGUUACUACAGGAACUAGAACAGGCUAAACAACUCCAGGAACAGCACGAGGGUAGAUGGCAUCAAGAAGAGAAAGCGAAGGAAGAACUGCUUUUACAGGCCAGCUCACUGACAAAAGAAAGGCAGCAGAUUGAGACGUCCACGAAGUCUAAGGAGGACCAUAUCAAAUUGAAAGCAGAAACCAAUCUGCAGAAGUAUAAAGAUGAUAUCCAGAAGCUAGAAAAGGAAAUUUCACAAUUGAGGCUGAAGACCGACUCUUCGAAAAUUGCUGCACUUCGACGAGGCAUUGAUGGAAGCUAUGGUAGCAGACUCACGGAUAUCAAAGAUAGUCCUGACCAAAAGGAGUCUUGGAUCCCUUAUGUCUCAGAAGUUGUGACGAAUUUCCAUGAUUACUCAGAGACAGGAGGUGUGAAGCGGGAACGAGAGUGUGUGAUGUGUCUUUCAGAGGAGAUGUCUGUGGUUUUCCUCCCUUGUGCCCAUCAAGUAGUUUGCACAACAUGCAAUGAACUCCAUGAGAAGCAGGGUAUGAAGGAAUGCCCUUCUUGUAGGAGCCCCAUCCAGAGGCGUAUCACCGUGCGCUUUGCUCGCUCUUAAGGUUUUUUUUUUCCCCCCUUCCAGAAUUGAGUCUGAGUGCUUUAAAUAAUGAUCCUGAGACUUAUCUGAGUCAAUAAUGCAGUUGAAUUGCAUCUCUCAAAAGUUGAGACCAUGAAGUUACAUAAAGUUUUUUUUAAAGGUUUAUGUUCAAUUUGUGCUUCUUUUCAGCCUAUCUCUAUGAAAUUUUAUGCAGUACUGAUCAAGUGAUCAUGAGCCUACUAUAACAUGGAUCUCAUUAUGUUGCUUGUCCUAUGCAAA